GGCUGGGGGCUCGGAGGGGAUGUCCGUCACUUCGGGGGAGCGGGGAGCGCGGUCGGUCCCUUUGGGGGAGCGGGGAGCGCGGUCGGUCCCUUUGGGGGAGCAGACCCAGCACGGCCGGAGGUCCGGGAGGGUUUCUGGGGAGCUGCGGCUCAUCCUGUACCGCACCGGGCUGCGCACUGAAGCCACUCCUUUAAAGCAGAGCUUUUGUUUUCUCUGUUAAACUCUUUUCCUAACUACUAUUCAGAGCUUUUUUUCUUUUCCUUCCAUUUUAACUUCAUAAUAUGUGCUCUCGAACCCAAAGAUGUUUUAAAAGCUUCAAAAUACAAUUUUUUCUGUUUUGGUGGAAUUGUUGGGUUUUUUUAAUGGAAAGCUUUUUUUUUUUUUUUCUCCAUAGUUCAAGCUCAGAGAGUGCUUCCUAGUACUGUGUCUCACACAGCUCUUAAGACACCUGCAUGACAGAUUAGAUUUUAAACAAAGGCUUUUACCCCUGUAUGUGGCUACCUCUCUCCUUUGCUUUUGCUUUUUAAAACCACAAAAUGUCUGAAGUUAAACCAAGGAAAAAAGGUAUUUCUUCAUCCAAGACAAGUGAAGGUUCACAUAAGACUGAGAAGCACAGUAAUUAUGGGAAGCCAGCAAGUCCCAGGACCAGCAAUUAUCACAAUUCCUUUUGCAUGGACUCAAGGACGAGUUUGAGUAUUGUUUCCCUUGCUGUUUGCCUGGUGGUGAGCUGGUUUCUAUUUCAGCAGUCAACUCAAUUUGCUGAUCUGGAAAGGAAGUACAAUUUUUUACAUCAAGAAGCUGAAAAAAUCCUGGAUGUGGGAAAUAAAGUAAACUUAAUUUCUGAAAAGCUUGAGUCUUCUGAAAGUAUCCUGCGAGAAGCUGCCUCAUCCAUCUCUGUGAUGACUGAGUUUGGGCAGGAAAUAUCUUCUCUUCAUAACAUCAUAAAUGAUAUUCAGAACAAUGAACAGACUCUCUCUCUAAAGAUGCAGAGCAUUAAUGAGAAGUUCCAAAAUGUUACAAAUUCCUGGAGAAGAAGCCUGGAUGAAAUGAACACAAAUGCUAGUAGUUUAAAAUUGGAAGCAAAGUUCAUACAUACAGAAGUUACUUCCAAAAUUAAUGAAGCUGACCAAAGAAUUAAAUCCCUUUCAGAAAGAGUAAGAGAUUUGGAAGACAGUACAGUCAGAAACAUCAGAACACUAAAAAAGCAAGAAGAUGAUGAAUUCUCUAGAGUUGAACAAAAGUUGAACUUGGAUGCAAAGUCAGUUGAAAAGCUAGAAGAAGAACAGAAUAGUCUGGUAGCCAAGGACACAGACCUAAAUCAGAAACUUGCAAACUGUGAACCUAAAGUUGAGGAGUGCAAGACCCAUUUGCCAACAAUUGAAAAUGCUAUUCACUCUAUUCUUAAGUUGUCCAGUGACUUGCUUGGUAUGGAGAAAAAGAUAGAGGACUUGAAGACACAGCUGUACGCUGUGGAAAAUGACAUGUUGAAAACUGUGUCUGAUACAGUGGUGAUGCAGAAGGCUCUUGAAGGCCUACAGUCCAAUGGCAGCUUGUUCAAAGUAAAGCAUGAACUAGCUGUUCUGGAAACAGGGCCUGGCAUAGCAGUAUCUUCAAAUGCAAAAGAAGUAGCUUUAGAAAGCUUUAACUUAGAAAAUGACCAGAAAGGGGUUAAGUGAAUUUGGACUUAGGUUUUUCAUUGAUGAAAAAGCACAUUUUUAUAAAUAAUGUGACUUAAACCUAUGUCAAGUAUAGCUGAAGUAUUGCCAUUGAUCUAAAGAGACAUUGGAACAGCCUGAAAGGUUGAGAAAAAGGCUAGAGGGGAAGAGAGUAACACUUUG